GAUCGUAAGCUACAAUUUAAUGCGAGUCAAAAUUUCGUCUACGAAUCUGCCGCAGCUUCUUCUUCCUGAUUUCUCGAAUCAUCUCUCAGAUUAAGAAGAUUCUUGAUCUGGAAACAGUUUAAGGCUGUUGAGCUUGUAAAAUCGUGGGAUCUUGCUUUGUUCGAUUUAUAGAAAACUUGGAAUCCAAUGGCUAACUUACCGCAGAGAUCCUUGGUUAAUUACCCGGGAACUCUCACUCCUUUGGAGCCAAAUAAACCACACCACAGCCAGAUAGAACCCCAGUUCCUCAUUCUUCUCCAGUCGUAGCUUCACCUAUACCUCCUAGGUUUCCUCAACCAAGUUUUAGACCAGAUCAGAUGUCUUCGCCUUCUAUGAAAUCCCCAAAUAUGUUGUCACCUGCGAAUGGUAUCAUAACCGGAAGUCCCAUUCCUCGUUUGAGUACUCCUCCUGGUCCUCCUGUUUUUAAUACUCCGGUUAAACCAGCUGCUGUGCCUUUCCGUACCUCUCCAACUACUCCUCAGCCUAUGGCAUACUCUUCAGCUACGGCUUCUUCUCUUCCUGUAUCUACACCUUCUUUUUACUCAAACGGGUCAUCAGUUGGAUCGCAGCGUGAUCUUCCAGAUGCUGUUAGAAUGGAGGAGCCUAUAGCUGCAGACUCACCUUAUGUUUUGUUUUCUGCAAAUAAGGUUUUAAAGCAGAAGAAGCUAGCAAAUGUUGCUAGCUUGGGUUUUGGAGCUAUUGUUUCUGCGGGGAGGGAGAUUAGUCCUGGUCCUCAGAUUAUCCAACGUGAUUCACAUCGCUGUCUUAACUGUGGAGCGUAUUCAAAUCCUUAUAGCUCCAUUUUAAUUGGCUCAGGCCAAUGGAGUGUGUCAUAUGCGAAUAAAAUCUAUAUCUAA